CCUUUCAAUGUAUCAAAACCGACUCAGCCCUCCCAAAGAGCCUUCCAUUUAUUAGUCGAAUUACAAAUGUCCUCUUCUCCACUCAUCCUGCCAAAGCAAUGGCCCCUUCGCUCCCUUCCCCUUCAGGCCCCAUCCACUGGGUCUUAGACUGGGACGGCACCAUCACCAAGCGGGACACACUCGACGCGCUCGUCAAUAUUGCGACAGAAUGCAAGCCCAACGAACCUAUAUCCGAAAACUGGAAACGUGUCACACAAGCCUACCUAUCCGAUUACGAAGCAACACUUAAGAACCGCACUCCUCGCGAUAAACUUCCUUCCACCAUAUCCGAGGAAAAGACACUACUCAAGAUCCUGGAGGAAGUAGAGCAAAGAAGCUUAGACCGCGUGGCUGAGUCUGGCAUCUUCAAGGGGGUGACGGCGAAGCAGUUGGAAGACGGAGCGGCAACGGCGAUUGAAAGUGGACGAGUGGAGAUGCGACAGGGCUGUGUUGAGUUUCUGCAACAUGUGCACUCCAGGAUCGAGCAUCCGAAUGACGAUGCAGACGCGAUAAGUAUCGUCAGCGUGAACUGGAGCCAACGAUUCAUUGCCGGCUGUCUGAAAGCUUCGCACAUCGACUGUGAACAGACACCCCUCAGAUCGAUCUUCGCGAACGAACUGGAAGGCGUCAGUGGUAACGAGCCGUCGUCGGGUCGAAUAUGCGCAGGAAGAGACCUCAGGAUCCUCUCAAGCCACGAUAAGCUGGUGUGCCUCAAAACACUGCGCAGAAACAGUUCGCGAAAGGGAAAGCCGCUUCCGGUAGUGUACGUGGGAGACAGCUGGACGGACUUCGAGUGUCUCAUAGCGGCGGAUUUGGGUAUAUGCAUUCGGGACGAACCAAUGACGAGUACGCAGAAGAAGCUGGCGGAUUCCUUGAUCGGGGUGGGGAUCCAAUGUCUUCAUCUCAGAGAGGCACAAAAAGCGGAUAACUGGGAGGUAGUGUGGGCACACGAUUUUCAAGAGAUUAAGGAGUGGAUGGAGAAGAUGGAUUGAGCACCCCAAUUUCAUACUCGGCCACCUCGGGUUCGAUGGACACAAUGAUCGAU